GCGUAAGCUGACGCUGCACAUAGGACUCAUGUCUGCCAUGGUCUGGUGGCCACCAUCUGUGCCGUAAUAUUAAGCAAUGUGGUACAUGAACGUUUGUUACAUGAUCAUCUUGAACAAGUUGUAUUUACCUUCAGUUUUGUCUAACCUUCGCUACCACCCACUAGUACCUGUGAUAAGCCUGCAAAAGUCAUACGUAAGACGAAUAGCACCUCUUCCAAUCGCAGAGUUCAGCUUUGAACAAAGAGGAAAUCCAAUAUGUGGGCCAGUGCCAUUUCCAGAAUUUGAUUGCGGGGAGACAUCGACAUGUGCAGACACUGUAGAGCUACCUGGAGUCGCAGGUCUGCAUAAAAACAAAGAUACAGCAUGUAAUGCUAAGGAAGUACCAAUAUUACGAGCGCAAGCACCCCCACCGGCGAAACAAAAUAUUAUGAAAAUUAUCAAGAACUAUAAUUCUGUUCCACCUUUUAACCUAAAUCAAGGAAUUAUCAAUGAAAAAAAUCUACCAAUGAAGCCACUUAAAGAAACACCGUCUCACGAACAAAUUGAUAACUCCAUUCCGAAGAUAUUAUUCAAAAUGAAACCAACUUUAUCGAAUAUAAGAAACCCGUUCCUUAUAGAUGAUUUCACACGAUUCACUCACCGCUACAAGUUGCCUCAGAGAGUAUCGAUAAAGAAUAGUCUGUUAUACAAGGCUGGUUUACACCCACGUGUGACGGAAUUUAAAUUUGAUGAAACAUUUGAAAGUACAACCCUUGGUCAUAGGACGAAGUUGUUUAAGGUGCAGUUCCGUGCUGGAUUAUCUCAAGAAGUAGAUUCAAGGACAAGCAGUACUCUGCCCCCGAAUAAAGACCCGAAUUCAACAAAGUCGACAUCGCCAUCAUUCGACUUCAUUCGAUGUCAGAAACUCGCAAAGUGCAAUAUGUUGGAUUGGCAGAAUGAUACAGUAGCACCUCCACAACCACAACUACAACUACAACCGAAAAUCCUAAAUAUUCACUGACCAUUCAGUAGCCAGUCUAUCUAACUAGACUAGCCCAGGAGAUAUAGUGCACAAGUGUUUGUGCAAAAAGGAGGAGGCGGAGCGGGUGAGGGAACGAACCUCCUCACGCCCCAGCCGCGGCAGGGGACACUCCGGGUAUCGUGGAUUGCCGGGGCUCCGGAUUGAAGAGCAGGAGUAGGAACGGGGUGGUGUUUAGUUAGUAAGAGUCCCAGACUUCCUCUCCCCUCACCCAAUAAAGUAGGAUUGGUAAUCGUUAUAAUAAUUUGUGGUAGCUAAAGAGCUACGGCUAAUCGUGAGUUCAUCUCAAAUCGCUUUUGUUAUAAAAACGUAGAUAUAGUAUAUCAUAAUGUAUAAUUUUAGUUUGUAAUAUGUAAGUAUUGUAAUCAUUUUGUAAAGUAUUCACAUAAUGUUAAAUAUUGCUGUAAGGCAAAUUGAACAAAUAAAUUUGGUUUAAACAAUUAAAACAAACUGCGGACGACUGUUACGACUUUAUUGUAAAACCUCGACUACAUUAAAUAUGAGUUUAUUUUUGUCUGCCUUAAUAGCGUCAUCAGUAAGCUUCGAUAGGAAUGUCCGACUAUCUAAUGGUUAUAAAGCCAAAACAUCUGUUUACGUCCUCAAAGAAUGCAAGACGUGCUCUUUAGUGGUCGUGUACCUGCACCA